AUGUCCGAUGGAGACUCGGUUAUGUCUAGCACCCCUCCGAAGAAAACGAAGGGGACUGCCGCGCCCAAGAAAGCGGGGUCGAAGCCUCUCGCUGACGUCGAAAACGAGUCUUUCGGCGUGGACGGCACGGAGGAGGCUGGUACGGGCAAGGCGUCAGACAAGUACCAGAAGCUCACCCAACUUGAACACAUCAUCAAACGUCCGGAUACAUAUAUUGGCUCCAUCGAACGCACCACCCAGCUGAUGUGGGUUUACAACUCCACCACCGAGUUGAUGGAGAACCGUGAAGUCUCCUUUGUCCCCGGUCUCUACAAGAUCUUUGACGAAAUCCUCGUCAACGCCGCCGAUAACAAGCAGAACGAUGCAAAAAUGGACGAAAUCAGGAUCACCAUUAGCCGUGAGCUGGGUGAAAUCAGCGUGUGGAACAAUGGCCGCGGGAUUCCUGUGGAGAUUCACUCGAAAGAGAAGAUCUACGUUCCGGAGCUCAUCUUCGGCCAUCUCCUCACAUCCUCCAACUACGACGAUACCAAAGAGAAAGUCACGGGUGGUCGCAACGGUUUCGGUGCGAAGCUCUGUAACGUCUUCUCUACCGAAUUCACUAUCGAGACUCAGGAUUCGCGUCAGAAGAAAAAGUAUAAGCAGACAUGGUCGGAUAAUAUGAGCAAGGUGGGCAAGGCCAAGAUCACCGAUGUCUCCAAGGGGGAAGAUUAUACAAAGGUCACCUUCAAGCCGGAUUUUGCCAGAUUCGGCAUGGAGGGCAUAGAUGACGACUUUGAGGCGCUCGUCAAGCGUCGUGUGUAUGAUUUGGCGGGAACGUCCAGCGUUGCCGUCAAACUGAACGGUAGUCGUGUUCCCGUUCGCAGCUUCAAGAAGUACAUGGAGAUGUACACCAAAGCUAUCGGCAAGGAAGACAUUAUCACUUGCAAGCCAGAUCCCCGUUGGGAGAUUGGUUUUGCUGUUUCCGACGGCUCCUUCCAGCAGGUGUCGUUUGUCAACUCCAUUGCCACCACCUCCGGUGGUACCCAUGUCAACUACAUCGCCGAUCAGAUUUGCAACAUGCUAGCCGACAAAGUAAAGAAGAAGAACAAGAACGGCGCCACGCUGAAGCCUGCCCAGAUCCGGAAUCAUAUCUUCGUCUUCGUCAACGCCCUUAUCGUCAACCCGGCCUUCAAUUCCCAGACCAAGGAGCAGCUGACGACCAAGCAGAGCCAGUUUGGUAGCAAGUGCGUGCUGGAAGAGGACUUUUACAAGAAGAUCCUCAAAACCGAGGUCAUGUCGAAUAUCCUGCACUUCGCCCAGCAGAAGGCCGAUCAGAUGCUGAAAAAGACCGACGGUGGCCGACGCACCCGCAUGAAUAACCCCAAGCUCACAGAUGCCAACAAGGCCGGCACCAAGGACGGUCAUCACUGUACCCUCAUUCUCACUGAAGGUGACUCAGCCAUGGGUCUGGCCAUGGCCGGUCGAGCUGUCGUGGGUCCUGACCUCUUCGGUGUGUUCCCCCUGCGGGGAAAGCUUCUCAACGUUCGUGACGCUUCCUUUGAGCAGAUUGCCAAGAACCAGGAAAUCCAGAAUAUCAAGAAUUUCAUCGGUCUCCAGCAUAAGAAGGAGUACACGGAAACCCGCGGUCUGCGAUAUGGCCACCUGAUGAUCAUGACCGAUCAGGAUCACGACGGCAGUCAUAUCAAAGGCUUGCUCAUCAACUUUCUCCAGACCCAAUUUCCCAGUCUGCUCAAGAUUCCCGAGUUCCUGAUCGAGUUCAUCACCCCGAUCAUCAAGGUGUGGAAGGGCGACCCCAAGAAUCCCAGCAAGAGCCAGUCCUUCUUCACGAUGCCCGAGUAUGAAGCCUGGAAGGAGGCCCAUAAGAAUGAGCGCGGAUGGGAGCACAAGUAUUACAAGGGUUUGGGUACCAGCACCACCGAAGAUGCCCAGAUUUACUUCCGCGACUUGGACCGCCACUUGAAGGAGUUCCACACAAUGCAGGAAAACGAAGCCGAGCUGAUCGACUUGGCCUUCUCCAAGAAGAAAGCAGACGAGCGCAAGGAGUGGCUGCGUCAAUUCAAACCUGGCACGUUCCUUGACCACACCACCAAGAAGAUCACCUACACGGACUUUAUCAACAAGGAACUCAUCCUGUUCAGUAUGGCGGAUAACAUUCGUUCUAUCCCAUCAGUGGUUGACGGCCUCAAACCCGGUCAGCGCAAAGUGCUGUACACCUGUUUCCGCCGCAACCUUAAGAAGGAUAUGAAGGUGGUUGAGCUGGCGGGUCAUGUGUCUGGUAUGACUGCGUACCAACACGGCGAUACGUCCUUGCAGCAAACGAUUGUCGGCCUGGCCCAGACCUUUGUGGGAUCCAAUAACAUCAAUACCCUAGAACCCAGUGGUAACUUUGGUAGUCGUCUUCAGGGUGGAUCGGAUUGUGCUAGUGCUCGUUACAUCUACACGCGUCUUUCCCCCUUUGCCCGUCGUGUGUUUAAUGUGGCGGAUGAACCUCUUCUCACCUACAACGAAGAUGAUGGCGAGAAGAUUGAACCGGAAGUCUACAUGCCUGUGGUCCCGAUGAUUCUAAUCAACGGGGCGGAUGGUAUCGGUACCGGAUGGAGUUCAUCGAUUCCCAACUACAAUCCUGAAGAUAUCGUUGAGAACUUGAUCCGCAUGAUGGAGGGUAGCGAACUCAAGCCCAUGCAGCCUUGGUUCCGCGGCUUCACCGGCGAAGUCACUGCCAUCGCCCCCGACCGCUACCGAUUCAGCGGUAUCAUUAGAGAGACCGGGGAGAAGGAGGUUGAGAUCACCGAACUUCCGAUCCGCAUGUGGACUCAGGACUUCAAGGACAAGCUCGAAGAUAUCAUCAAGGCCGAAAAGGUGCCCUCCUUCAUCAAGGAUUACAAGGACUACAACAACCACACCAAAGUGCACUUUGUCAUCCAGAUGGAUGAGAAACACAUGCAGGCGGCCCUGAAGGAAGGUCUGAUGGAGAAAUUCAAACUUUCCAGGACAGUCGCCACGAGUAACCUCGUUGCCUUCGACCCGGAGGGCCGUAUCACCAAGUAUGCCUCAGUGGAAGACAUCUUGAAGGAAUUCUUCCACGUCCGCUUGAAGUUUUACGAGAAGCGCAAGCAACACCAACUGUCUGAGAUGCAAAAGGCCUUGGACAAGCUUACCAAUCAGGCCCGGUUUGUUCAGAUGAUCAUCGAUAAUAAGUUGAUCAUUUCGAAGAAGAAGAAGUCCGUCCUUGUUGCCGAGCUGAAGGACAAGGGAUUCAAGGCCUUCCCCAAGGUGGCCGACGCUGUCAAGGCCGGCGAGGACCAUCCGGUUGUCGAGGAAGAAGAGGAUCCGUCGGACAACUCGGAGGCCCUAUCGAAUGCCUACGAUUACCUCUUGGGAAUGCCUCUGUGGUCUUUGACUCAAGAACGGGUCGAGAAACUGCUUCGCCAGAUCGGCGAUAAAGAGAUGGAAAUCGACGUCCUGAUCAAGCUCUCAAAGGAGGACAUCUGGAAGAAGGACCUAGAGGAUUUCAUCAAUGAAUGGAGAUUCCAGUUGGCCGACGAGGACCGUCGCCAGCGCAAGGUGGCCGGGAUGGGCCGCCGGCAGUCGCUGAAGCUCAUGACCGGCAACGGACGUGCCCCCGCAGCCCGCAAGCGCAAGGCUGCACUGGGCGAUGACCCGGACGAUGAGGACUUUGGGGCCCCGAAGACCAAGAAAGCCGCUACCAAGAAAGCCGAACCCAAGGGUGGGUUGAUGGACUUCUUGGGCAAGAAGAAGCCAGCGGAUGGUGUGGAUGAUUCGGAUGACGACUUUGUAGCUGAAGUUCUCCCCAAGAAGAGCCGAGGAGCAGCCAAGCCCAAGGCCGAGCCCAAGGCCGAACCCAAGUCCGAAGGAGACGAUGAUUUUGAGGUUGAAGAGAUACUUCCCAAGAAGAGUCGAGGCCCACAAAAGGCACCUGCCAAGGCUGCUGCUUCCAAGGUCAAGAAGGAGGAGGUCGCAGUAGAUGACGACUCUGAUAUUGAGAUUCUUCCGAAGAAGACCGCCAAGACUUCGGCCGCCAGGUCGUUGGCUAAAGCUGCCUCCGCUACCAAGGACAAGGAGGAGGAAGAGGAGGAAGAAGAAGACGACGAUGAGGACGACGAUGACUUCCUAGCAAUCGCCCAGGAACCUUCGACUUCCCGGCCGUCCAAGCAAACCGGCCGCAUAGCCGCACAGAAACCCGUCAAGUACGCUGCGACGAGCGAUUCAGAUAGCGAUAACGGCGAUGACUUGCUUGGCGAUGUCAGCAAGAUGGUGAAGGGUAUUGGGGGAGGCGGCGCAGACCCGACCUCGGAUUCCCGACUGCUUUUCUCGGAGCGACCGCGUGCCAGCAGCAGUGCCGGUAUCAAAACCACAUCGGCGAGGCCAUCCAAGCUGAACAGUGACUUUGAUCCCGACGAGACCGACUACAGCAAGCUGGUGCCGCAGAACUCGCCUCGCCGGUCGUUGCAGGUCAAGUCCAAGGAGGCCAAGGUCGCAGACGAGGAGGAUGCCAUGGACAUCGACCAGGAAGAGGUCAAGGCGCCCGCAAAGCCGGCCGCCAAGGCCAAGCCGGGACCAAAGGCCAAGGCGACCACCACCACCACGGCGGCGAAACCUCGCGGCCGGCCCAAGAAGGACGCAUCGGCAGCCACCACGACCACGGCGAAGGCUACCAAGGCGACUGCCCUGUCUCCUGCGGCCAAGGCUUAUGCGUCGAAGCAGGCUAAGAACACUAAGAAGAAGAUCGUGGACGAUCUGUCGGACGACGACAUUGACGCGAUGGCGAACGACAUUCUGGACUCUCCGGGGGCGGGGCCUGGCGCCGGUGUGUCGGAUGAUGACGAGGAGGAUAUUCGACCGGCCGCUGCUGCGACGCGAAAGCCAGCCGCCCGGCCUGCCCGACGCACGGCGACCGUGGCACGGAAGAAGUAUGUGGUGGAGAGCGAUCCGGACGAGGACGACGAUGAGGAUGCAGAUUCGGGCGAUGAUUUCUCCGAUGACGAGUGA